AUGAUUGGACAAGAACUUUGUAUCUUGCAAAAAUCACAAUCCGCAUCCAAAGGACGAAGGUGGGCGUUACGAGGAAACUUCCGAGCACCAGUGGCCCAGAACGAUCACCUCCAACCGCGCAACGGCAACGAACUUUAUCCAGCCAGCCUCAAACGCCGCUGA